CACACGCGAUAAAAGGAUUCCUUGUUUGAAACCAUUCUCAGAUCGACUUGAUAAAGUCUAGACGAUAAGCUUCCACCGUAGAUCAGGUUCAAUUAAACACGUCGAAGAAAUGCGUCCGGCAUUAGUUCGUAUGUUACUCGGAGAGCGAGCAGUAAUGAAAGGUCUCGUGUGCUGUGCCAUUGGAAUUGUCCUACUCGUGGGAGCGGCUGAUGCAUAUUUCUGUGAUGGAAUACCAGGAGGAAUGAAAAUAAGAUUCCCACUGCCGGAAAUAUGCAACGAAUACAUCUCCUGCCAUCAUGGUACCGAGCACGAAUGGCGUUGUCCACUAGGACGAUUUUUCAGCCAACGCGCACAGCGCUGUGUAAACGCCUGUGAUCCAAGCGAAGCGAUCAACAUUUGUGCAGGAUUGAUCAACAAUAUUUUGCUGAGGCCACCACUGUCGGAAUUCCCCUUCAGCUGUCGGCGUCACUACGAGUGUAUCGGAGGAAAUAUGGUAACGCGAGAGUGUCCUGCCGGUACCUAUUUCUCGCAACUACUGCAAAGUUGUGGUUCAGUUAGAGAAGAGUUUUGCAUACCAUAAAUUUUUCAUCUUUUUGCUCGUAUCUAAUACAUAUUUGAAGUGAUGUUUAGUUUUGAGUCGCUUCUAACAAAAUAAAAAAAAUAUAUAUAAAUAUAUUUAACUUAC